UUUUUAUGAAUUCUGCAACAAUCCUUUCAGAGUCAUCACCAAAUAUGGAAGUUGAUCAAGAGAACCGCGUGCCAUCAACGCGCUCUUCAUCUCCAUCUAGGAAGCGAACUUCCCUCACUAACACUCUUCCUCUGCAACCUUCCUUGGCCAAGAAACGGGUCGUACUCGGUGAACUCGCCAGCUCGCCCGAUAUUGGAUCGGGUCAGAACCCGAACUGCGGAUCCAAGAUUGAGAAAUGCCCAAGUACUGAGAAGAGACUGACGCGUGAACCGAAAGAGAAGAAGAAGAAACAAGAACCUAGCGAUGUGAUUGAUGAAAGCUUUGGCGAUCUGAAGAAAUGCUCCUUCUCAUCUUCCAUAUAUGGACAUCUCCACUCUUUGGAGAUUGAGGAGAAAAGGAGGCCAUUGCCCAAUUACAUGGAGAAGGUGCAGAAUGAUAUUACAGUGAAUAUGCGAGAAAUGCUGAUGGCAUGGUUGGUGGAAGUAACUGAAGAAUACAAACUUGUUUCCGACACCCUUCAUCUUACAGUGUUAUACAUUGACAAAUUCCUGUCUUCUCAUCCUGUCAGUAGGAACAAGUUGCAACUUCUUGGUGUUUCAUGCAUGCUUAUUGCCUCUAAGUAUGAAGAGAUCACUCCUCCCCAUAUAGAUGAUUUUUGCUACAUCACAGAUAAUUCUUACACUAAGGAAGAGGUGGUUGAGAUGGAGAAAAAAAUACUUAAAUUGUUGGAUUUCGAAAUUGGUACUCCCACUACUAGGAAUUUCCUCAGAAUUUUUAUGAGAGCUGCAGAGGAAAAAUGCAAACAUCAAGAAUUGCAGUUGGAAUUUUUGAGUUGUUAUCUUGCAGAGCUAAGCUUGCUGGACUAUGGAUGUUUACAGUUCUUACCGUCAACAGUUGCUUCAGCAGCUAUUUUUCUUUCUAGAUUCAUUAUUCAACCAAACACGCAUCCUUGGAGCAAGUCACUGCAACGUUACUCGGGUUAUAGACCAAUUGAAUUAAAGGAAUGCGUGCUUUCCAUCCAUGCUUUGCAUCUGAAUCGAAGAGGGAACUGUUUUAGAGCUGUGACAGAGAAGUAUAUGCAACAUAAGUUCAAGGGCGUGGCCAUGUUGUGUUCGCCAUCAGAAGUCCCAGGAAGGUAUUUUAAGGAGGCUGUUGAUGAAUGAUGUUAGGGGGUCCCUGAAUGUUGUCUUGACCACCUGGAGGAUGAAAUCGUUGUUCAACUGCUGGUUGAAAGGGGUGGGUCCUUUUACUUGUUCAGUGUUCAUAGUUUCUACAAAGCAACUACUAUUAAUUUUGUAAAUAAUGAUGUUAAUUACAUAGCCAAUACAUAUAUGAUUACCAUAGACCCGGAUUGUUUUUCUUUUUGGGUUUAAUGUAUAUCUGCGUAAAAAAUUCAAUGUACAUGUCUAUAUAAUAUUACUCAAGAGGUUGCCAAUUUGUUGCA